AUGGUCGAGUAUUACUUAAAUUUUGCAGGGAAAUCAGUGAUAGUUACGGGCGCAAGCUCCGGAAUUGGAGCUGCCACAGCCAUAAUGUUUGCUGAACAAAGAGCCAGCGUAACCCUAAUAGGACGAAAUGAAACAAAACUGAAUGCUGUAGCUAAAAAACUUCCAAAUAAUGCCACAUCAUUGAUUCUUAAAGCUGAUGUGACUACAGAUGCUAAGAAAAUCAUCGAUGAGACCGUAAAUAAGUUUGGCAAAAUUGAUGUACUGGUCAACAAUGCAGGUUUUGCCAAAUAUGGAGGGCUUACUGAUGGGAAGUUCUUAGAAGCUUACGACGCUUUAAUGAGGACCAACAUGAGAGCUGUAGCUGAACUUACUAUGUUAGCUGUUCCACAUCUAGCGAAGACUAAAGGGAAUAUUAUCAAUACUUCAAGCAUUGCGGCUAAUUCUUUGCCGUUUGACGGAAGGCUUCUGCCUUAUUAUGUUUCUAAGGCUGCUUUGGAUCAUUUUACUAGAGGAGCAGCAAUGGAAUUUGCUCCUAAAGGUAUCAGAGUCAACAGUGUCAACCCUGGACCGGUAUUAACCAACUUCAUAGAAAACGCAGGUGCUGCAGUCAACCCCGAUGAAAUAGCAGAAAUGACUGCUCUGAAAAGAUUUAGUACUCCCGAGGAGAUUGCCGAAUUGAUUUUGUACCUUGCUAGUGACAAAGCUCAGGGAAUGACUGGUUCGCUUGUGGUUAUUGAUAAUGGGUGGCUAUUAAGACCAUAAGGUGGUAGGCGUGCCGCAAAAGAACAUCGAAAUGACCCAAACACUUCUCAUGUUCAAUGUUGAAAAAAUUUUGUUUGAUUGAAAUUGUGAUUUUUUUGUUUAGCAUGAUUUUUUGGUAUUUUAACGAGUUCUUGGUUUUUUGGUAUUUUAAAUACUUAAUGUUUUUAAAACAAUACUGUUUUGUCUUUUAUCUUUAGGCAACAUUUUGUGAAAUCAACAAUGUAAAAAAUAGUUUAAUAAAACCUUUGAACAAUUUUGAGAUUUAUUAAUUUUAUUAAUAUGUCGCAAAAUAUAAUUAUUAUUUCCACC